AUGCUCCGCGACGAGCUUCUCCGGUCUAAGAACGAUGAGAUCGCAAACUGUUUGUUGUCGCGCAAGCGAAAACUGACCGAGUUGUAUUAUGCGACCGUGGGUUUUGAGGGCGCGACCGCCGACUCUCUCUACCAGCAGAAAGAACAGGCCUUCCUCGACGCCAACGACCUCACCAAAGGGCGUUACUUCGACGAAGCUACCCUGCCGUUGCCUACCCAUGUGCGUGCGCGUUCGCCGACGAGGAAGCCUGUCACGCCUGCUAUUACCGCGGAGGUAAAGUCUCAGCAAGCUGCUGGGAUCACUCCGCCACCGACAAUCGAUGGUCGCGCCGCUCUGCCUCCGCCUGGGACAAGUCCGCAAGGCGGGUCUAACUUGGCCGCAACACCUGGCGUUGCAUCUAUCCCACAGGUUGCCCCGGAAUCAAAUCAACCAGCUGCGCCCGUUCUCCCGAUUGCCGAAGGCCUCGAAGUCUCUACCGCGACUGCACCAUCCACUCAGCCCGUUGCCGAUCAGAAAGCGAACAUAUCUGUGCCAGCGACCCGUCUCGGCCCUCAAGACCACAAUGCAGCAGAGCUUACGGUCUCUUCUGGUGCAGCGCAACUCGCUGCGGCAACCGGAACAGCUCCCUCCUCUCUAGAAAUUCCUCCUACCAACCUCCCCCGCAAGAAAUCGGACGCGCGACCCUCUCUCACACUAGGUCCUUCACACCCCGAACAACCUCUCUCACCAGCGUCAUCAAUCGACCCUUACUCCACAAAUACUCCUAUUCCUGUCGCCGCAUCACCCGAUACUAGCCCCGGAGAAGAGGUCGCCGAGGUCAGGAAGCUUGGCCGCCAAAGCCCCAAGGAUAGCCGUUCCAUGCAACCCCGUCCAGGUCUCAUCCCGUCGACGCCAGAUGAGCAACUACGAAUGGAGGAAGCUCAGUCACUACGACGGGCCAGUACCAAUGGCCUACCGUUGACCGACAAGGCCGUUCAGGAAACUGCGAAGGCCCCCGCCGAUCAAGAUCAAAUGGAUGUCGACCAGGAACCUUUGGUCGCAAUCCAGGAACCAAAGCUUUCCACUAGAACGGUUGCUACUGGGACGGAACGACUGUCUCCUACUGAGCAAUUGACAACAGAUGGAGGUCAGCCCGUUGGCGAAACACCUACAGAGACCAAGAAGCCAGUAUCGCUUCCACCCACUCAACCCGAAAUACCCCAACUGCGAAUGACAACUCGUGUUUCGUCUGGAGCCAUCCGCCAUAAGUCUGUUUCCGAAAUCCUGGGCGAGACCCCAAGGCAUGUGGCCCACGACAAAAGUCAUGCAACGGUUGAACCCCAGACGCCCGAAAGUCUUGCUCGUAUGCGGUUCAAGGACCGCAAGGACCGGGAGAAGGAAAGAACCAGGGUUUCAACCGUCGUUUUCCCCAAGCAACCUUCAUCUUUGCAAGACAAGGCUGAGUCUAUGGACCUUGUGAGCUGGGACUCGGGCGAUGCGGUUGCCAAGUUGAACGAGGAACAGGACUAUCUGUUCACGUUGUUCUUGAACAGAGCUUAUGCUCCCCCGAGAGGAACCAAUCUCAACACUCUUCUCGCAUCCGCCCACAAGACGCUAAGCACGUCCAAUCACCUUUUGGAGUACCAAGAGCAGAUGGACUGCCGUACACUUCGGCGCAUCUACGCCCUGCAGAAUGCCAAUCGAUGGCCUCUUCGGCAAAUGAAGCGAUCAGCUGAACCCCCUCGCUCAUUUAGCCAUUUGGAUGUCAUGUUGGAUCAUAUGAAAUGGAUGCGCACGGAUUUCCGCGAGGAGCGGAAGUGGAAGCUAGCAGCAGCGAAGAGCUGUGCCGAUUGGUGUGCGGAGUACGUUAAUAGCGAUGACGAACACCGCUCACUUCUUCGUUUGAAUGCCAAAAUCCCCUCGCCAAGAUCAGUCGGAUGCGAUGCAUCGAAGCUUGGCGUGGCGUCCCCCUCGGAAGAAACAGGCGACGAGACAUUUGCGGCAUCUCACCCUACCCCUGAUCUAGUACCAUCCGCUGAAGAGGAAUCGGUCAGCGAUGGGUUCAAUGAGGAGCCUCGGCACGAUCUCCACGAUACCGUGGCCCCUGCAGCUAUCUUCUCAUUGGGCUCUGACGAAUUCAAUUUCUCUAUUGACAUGACUCCUUCGGCAGAGAAGCUACUGGACGAAUUGCCAUUUUACGAGCCUGUUCGCUUUGUCCGCGAGACUCAGAAGCCCUCCUUUAGAGACCUUCCGGACUCCGCUUGGAAGCAGGACCUACUUCCGGUUUCGAAGUUUGCUUCUACCAAGAUCACUUUUCACCAAGACGAUGAGCGUCCCCGUAAACACACCCGAUAUGACUAUUCUCAAUACGGUUCUGCCUCAGAGCAUCGCAUCGCAGAUUUGCCGCCGGAGCAAACCAACGUCGCUCUCUUCCGUCCAGAGAACAAGCCCAUUCGUGAUCGCAUCCACCCUGGUCACUCCUUCCGGCCCCCCACCGAGCAUCCAAUGCCGUCGGUUGGAUUUUUCGAAUCGCGGCAGUCUUCUCAGUGGACCGUGUCAGAAGAUGACGAGCUCCGUCGUCUGGUCAAGGAAUAUUCUUACAACUGGUCUCUUAUCUCUAGUUGCCUGACUUCACCAUCAAUUUUCACGUCUGGAGCUGAGAGACGGACCCCUUGGGAAUGUUUCGAGCGCUGGGUGGGCCUGGAAGGCCUACCAGCGGAUAUGUCUAAGACGCAGUACUUCCGGGCUUACCAUCAGAGACUUGAGACUGCCCAGCGUACUGUCCUGGCUCAACAGCAGGCCGCCCAGCAGCAACAGCAGCAAGCGGCCAACAAUGGUCAGCCACAGCAGCCCAUUCGUCGGCGAACUACUCAGCCCUUACGCGUGGACAGGCGUAGGUCGUCAAGACAUCUAGCAUUGCUUGAUGCCAUGCGGAAGCUAGCCAAGAAGCGGGAAACGAUUUUGCAAAAGCAGCAGCAUGCAUCUCAUCUCGCUUCGUUGAGGAAGGCGAAUGAGGUCAACCAGCCCAAACCUCCAAUCUCCUCACCGGCAGAGUUCAGUCGCCUUAAGCACGAACGAGAGAUGAAGCUCCAGGAGCGACAGGAGCAGUACCGACAGCAGAUGAUCGCUCAGCAAAGGGCUAGCAUGGUUGCUCAACGUGGCGGGCAGCUGCCUAACCAGCAACAGCCACCGCAGCAAAUGAUGAAUGCUCCGGGCAGGCCCAACAAUCUGCCUCCGAACGCACCUAAUGCCGCUAUGGUGAACGGUGCUCCGAACGGGAUUCCUGCUGGGAUGGCUCCUAAUGUGGCUGUCAACCAGGCUCGUGCUCAGGCCAUGCAAGGUAUGCCAGCUGGGGCAGCACCAGUCAACGGGCAAAUUCCAGCCAAUCCAAUGGCCAUGAAAAUGAUGCCUCAGGGUCAGAUGCCGAACGUGGGUGCCCGACCUGGAAUGCCGAUGCAAGCAUCUCCCGAUAACGCCCGAGUGAUACGUGAGGCGAACCGCUUGCAAGAGCAGCAGCGUUUGUUGCAAUCCCGCCAGCAGCAAGUUCCUCAACCGACCGGACAGCCUCAGCAGGCCCAGCAGCAGUUCCACAAUCAACAGUUUGUGCCGCAAGGAUCGCACUCUCCGAACCUCAAUGUGCCCAGUGUCAAUGGCGCCCCCAGCAACCCUGCUAUGAUCGCUGCUCUACAAGCUCAGGGUGGUAUUCAGAGCCCAUCCUUCCACAACGGCACUCCACAGGGAGUUUCGACUCCCUCGCCUCGCAUGGCUCAACCCAACCCUCUGUCGGGUGGCGUGGUUCCUACUAUCAGUACCUUCCAGAGUCAGAUUCAAAGGGCCAACCCUAAUCUUCCUGCGGACCAAGUAAACAAGCUUGCCACUGAGCGCCUCAACCAGUAUCAGCAACAACGUAUGUCUCAACAGGCCGCCAUGAACGCUGCCGCGGGCGGUAUGAACAACGUGCAAGCCAAUUAUCAGGUUCCCCACGACGGGAACUUCCAAGCUCCUCAGCAGCCUGGCAUGCCAAACGGUGGUUCCGCCAUGCAAGUACCUCAGAAUCAAGGGUUCUCUCCAAUGAUGCGUGUUCCUCAAAACAAUCCACAGAACCGUGUCAACGUCACCAGCUCGCCAGCAGUGAAUGGGGCCGUUCCCCAGGCCAGCCGGAGUGCAACCCCACAAACCCAGCGCAGUGGCAGCGCCCAAGCUGGUGCGGUGCAAGGCUCAAGUAAGAGCCCACACCCUCCCCCUGCCCAGACAGCGAGCAGCUAA